AUGCCAGUCAAGCGCAAGAGGGAUAUCUUGGACUUCGAUCCAAACAAGUCUGAUUCUGAGGACGAGAACUUCGACCCAUCCGAAGCCAGACCUCGGCGCUCCUCCAAAAAGAAAUCCAGCGGAUUCAAGAGCAAGAGCUCCAGCUCCCGCAGAAGACACGCAAGAUAUAACGGGUCUGAUAUUGAUGACGACGAGGAACUUUCCGAUAGUGAACAGGAAGACUCCUUCGAAGAGGAAGAGGAAGAGGACGAGGACGAGGAUGCGCCUGUAAAUGCUGCAGGUCGCAGAACAAGGAAAGCUGCAGCUCAGCACCAGAAUUAUAAGGAGAGCAGUGAUGACAGCGUAGUUGAAGAUUCUGAUGCUGGUGCCGAUGAUCUGGAAGAUCUGCCGAAGAAGUCGACACAGCGUCCUAGCAAGAUUAUCAUUCUGAAGACAAAGCCUCAGAAUCUGCGUCCCAAACGCGGUGGUAAGGAGCCGGCACCCACGUCAAACCCAACACGUCGCAUGACACGCCUGCGAACCGAAGAAGCUGAGGAGGAUCUCGUCGAACUCACUACGAGUGGCAGACAUGCGCAGCCAGCUAGAUCUUCCAAGAGCAUGAGCCCGGAGGCGGCAGCACGUGCAGCUAGGGCCACGCGUGGCGGCAAAGGCUUGAAAAAGCCUGCUGCUACUCCGAUUGAAGAGGCGACGCAAGAAAGCAGUGCUCAGGCUGACGCGGCUGAAGUCCUCAAAGCCGAGAAUGAAGAAAAUGUAGAGCCCGAGGACGUAGCUCAAGAAGAGGUCGUUGAGGGCGACGUAGCUGAGAAUGAAGAUGUGGAAAUGGAGGAUGCUGAGGCAGAUGAAUUGCAGCAAAAUGCACCCGCCGAAGAGGAGGAGGACGAUGAUGAUGCCCCGAUCACGCGUCGUUCGACACGAACACGGGGAAGCUUCGCUGCUCCUGCUGAGGUUGAGGAGGCAGAUGACGAAUCUGAGAACGGCGGCCCGAAGACACGACGACUCACACGCAGAUCUGGACGUCAACAGAAAAAGAGUACUCAAGAGCCUAGUAGCGAUUUUGAGCCGGGUGAUGAGUCGGGAGAUGGAGAGGCUUCUGAAAAGGGUGUUGAGAACAACGAUGACGACGACGAGUAUUCCAGUCCCCAGCCUCGACGCGGUCGCGCAACUCAAGCCAAGCUUCGGGGAACGAAAAGGCGACGCGGCGAAGAUUCUGGCGAGGAGGAGAUCGAGUUAGACAAAGAUGAAAUGGCCGAGGAGUUAGAGGAGCUUCGACGAAGUUCGCGCUCUCGCGCACGCCGUCGUCGGUCGCCGUCUAUUGUCUACGAAGAGCCUCUUUCGAAACGGAGACGGACUGCACCUGUUGACUACACAAUCAAGCCUCUAGACCAGCUUGUUGUGGAGCAAGAUGAUGACGAUGAUGAACCUGCAGCCACCCCUGCUCGCCGCAAGGGCCGUAACGGAGGCAACACAGCUUGGGAACGACCACUUGUCUCAACCUUUGGCCCCUUUGGCGGAACCGAACGAUUUGGCUCGAUCCUUGGGGGGCCUUGGGGUACUGGUGCGACAGGUGGUGUUGAGUCUGAUAGCAGUGAUGAUGAAAUGGGACCUAGGCCGGGUCCUGCCGGUCUUGGAGGCACUCUAGGCAUGACUCCAACGGCUGGCACAGCCCCUGGUGCGUUCCCAGUCGCUGGGCAGCCUUUCAACUUGGAGGCCAUCACUGGAGCUGGAGCCACUCCGAACGUUGGCAAGAUUAAGAACCAAAAAGCCUUUGCAGACGCAGACCCACUUGGAGUCGACAUGAGUGUUGACUUCAGCCAGGUCGGCGGUCUUCAAGGUCAUAUUGACCAACUGAAGGAGAUGGUUCAACUCCCUCUACUCUAUCCGGAGCUAUUUGCUAAGUUCCAUGUCACACCGCCUCGAGGCGUUCUGUUCCAUGGUCCUCCAGGAACGGGUAAGACUUUGCUUGCCCGAGCUCUUUCAAAUUCCAUUGGUGCUGGCGGGCGUAAGAUCACCUUCUACAUGCGCAAGGGUGCUGAUGCACUUAGCAAGUGGGUUGGUGAAGCUGAGAAGCAACUUCGACUUCUCUUCGAGGAGGCCAGAAAGACACAACCAAGUAUCAUAUUCUUCGACGAAAUUGAUGGAUUGGCUCCUGUUCGGUCUAGUAAGCAAGAACAGAUCCACGCAUCAAUUGUCUCGACCCUUCUUGCCUUAAUGGAUGGCAUGGAUGGUCGAGGACAAGUCAUAGUCAUUGGCGCAACCAAUCGUCCUGACAACAUUGAUCCUGCGCUCCGGAGACCUGGUCGUUUUGACCGAGAGUUCUACUUCCCCCUUCCAGACGUUGAAGGCCGUCGCUCCAUCCUGGACAUCCACACCAAGGGGUGGGGUCUGUCCGAUUCGUUCAAGACCGGACUUGCUGAGAAUACCAAGGGCUAUGGAGGUGCUGAUCUUCGAGCUCUCUGCACGGAGGCUGCACUCAAUGCAAUCCAGAGAACUUAUCCCCAGAUCUACUCGUCGAAAGAAAAGCUCAUCGUGAACCCCGACAAAAUCACUGUUCAUGCAACAGAUUUCAUGAUAUCAAUCAAGAAGAUGGUGCCGUCUUCUGAACGCUCGGCUGGUUCAGGUGCAGCACCAUUGCCGAAGCCUAUCGAGCCACUCUUGCGGAGCCAAUUUUCCUCGAUCGAGAAAAUCUUGAAGGAUGUCCUCCCACGCAAGAAGAAGAUCACUGCUCUUGAAGAAGCUAUGUUUGAGCCACAUGACGAUGCUGAUCAUGGCUUUGGUCGAGAAAAUAUGCAACAAGACUUCGAACGAGCUCGAGUUUUCCGCCCACGGCUGCUGAUUACCGGCUUGCCAGAUGGCCGUCCUCUUGAACAAGCCAUUGUAAGUCUAUUUACAGAAGUCAAGCGCCAUAAACCAAGCGUCAUCUACAUACCCAACAUUGAUGCUUGGUGCGCGACUGUCGGAAGUAUUGCUGUGACUGCUUUCAUCACCAUGCUCAGGUCCAUCCCGCCGACUGAUGCAGUACUGCUUCUUGCUACUGCUGAAUGCGAGGCAAAGGACAUUCCUCAAGAAGUUGUGAAGGACUUCUUUGGUUUCUCCAAGAAGAACCGGACAGAGAUUAACCGUCCGAAUAGAGAAAACCGUCUGGAAUACUUCACCAAUAUCGUCACCCAUAUCAGGAAAACCCCGGCCGAAUUCCCAGACCCUUCGCAUCGUAAGAAGAGAGUGCUUGAAGAGCUGCCAAUUGCGCCUCCCCCACCACCCAAGCCACGGUCCAAGGCCGAGCUUAAGGCUGAACUCAAGAAAGAUCGACAAAUGUUAAAUGUCCUCAAGGUGCGGCUGCAGCCCAUCAUGGAUCAAAUCAAGAGGAAGUACAGGUCCUUUAGGCAACCAGUCAUCCCCUAUCAGCAGAUCAAAUACCUGUUUGAUGAAGCGGAUCCCAACUUUGUCCGACCCGAUCUCAUGGAGAACCAGCUUCGUCCGUUUGAGAUUGCGAAAGACAAAGACGGAAUCGAAGGUCUGCGAGAAACAGCUUCAGGCAAGUUUUACUACAAUCUAGAAAUUGUCACUAUCGAGGAGCGAUUAUCGAAUGGUUACUACGCCCGACCAAUGGACUUCUACAAGGAUAUCAAGGCAAUGGUGAACGAUGCCAAGAACACUGGCGACCGAGAACGCAUUAUCAAGGCCAACGAGCUCAUCAGCAAUGUGGACGUUGAUAUUGCGCAGGUCGAAAAUGACCUAGGCGGUGCCGCUAUCUGGGACGCCUUAUUCGAGAGACAGAAGGAACGCGCUCAGAGAGCUGCAGAGAAAGCGAAGAAGAAGUCUGCUUUGCAGUCAAUUGUUGAUAUUGUGCAAUCGGACCUUGGCACCGGCCAGGACAGCGACUCCCAAGUUGGUCCUAUCAGAGUUGGUGCGCCAGUCCCGACUGUCAACACGGCAGCUCGGUUCCAGGUCAUGAGUCCUCUUUCGAACGGCGCAUGCAUGGCCAACAUAUUGAAUGAUCCCGUGUCGGAGAAUUCGUCGUCAAUCCGUCAGUCGGGCGAAUCGUCGGCAUCGAGCCAGCACCUCGUUGUCCUGAACGAUGGACAGGUCCAGAACUUCCUCAACGACUUGACGGAGCGGACCUCAGGCUGCACGAUCGAGCAACUAGAACAGAUCAACCGUGAGCUGAUGGAUGAAAUUUGGAAUACCAGGGGUGAGUGGAACCGCAUGAAGGUUCUCGGAGAGUUGAUCAAGGUCUUUAAUGAGACGAUGGCGGAUAUCGAGGCGAUGCAGGGCUUUGCCCAAUCCAGCCAGGAGGAGCGCGACUUUGCAUAUGCUGGACAGUACGGAUACAGGUGA